CGCGACAACAGGCCGUCUCCGCGGUUACGCGGACAACUUCCUCCUCAGGCAGGAGACUUCUUCUCAUGGUCUGAGUGAAGUCCUGCAGGCGAACAGGACUAAAGCUUCUUCAGAGCCAGAUCAGCAGCAUGUCGGCCCCUUCACACAAAGAGUCCCUCGGGGGGGCGCCUCAGACCGGCAAGGACUCCAGCGGGCCGGACCCCGGGGGGCAGAAGACCUGUCCUGAGGCCACUUUACCGCCUCUGCGCUCCGUGAGCGGGCCUCGGUUCAGCCCGCUCUCCCCCUGCGACAGGCUAUCGUUGGGGGAACUCCCCUGUCUGGGGGCCCGAGUGGGACCCGGGAGAGCCAUCGGGGGCACGGAGGGACCUCGACUGAUGGUCUCGGCUUUGGGGGUCGACCUCCCGAUCAGCACUGCUGCUGAGUGGACAGCACAGAGCCUCACAGAGGAAGAUGAAUCCAUGGAAGUGGAUAAAAAGAUAACCAAAGAGGAGGAAGCUCCCCUCUCCGGCGUGGAGGUGGUUCACCUCCUCGCUCACAGCAAGCCGGGAGAGUUUGAGCUCUACUACCUGAAGGAGGUGGAGGCGGACUCCGGCAGACCCUACGACCUGCAGGUCGUGCCUUUCAGUGAAGCGGGCUGCGAGCACUACGUCUUUUCCCCCGAUGCCGUCCUCCACGUGACGGAGAGGGGCCACGGGGGCCUCGUCAGCCUGGCCGAGUGGAGCAGGGAGUCGGUGUCGUGGAGAGCGCUGCGGGAAAUUCCCUUUUUCAGGCACUUCAGACUGCGGAGAGCGUUCAGCAGGUGGCAGAGAAACGUUCGUGGCAUCUUGUUUCAGCGGAAGCGUUCGGGUCUGCAGGACGAGCUGCUGGUCGCUGUGCCUCCGUUCAGAAAGGCUCUGCUCCUCCUCGCCAGGGCGAUGGAAGAAGUGAAGGAGACCGUCCUGCUGCCGCUGGACGGGUCUCGAACCUUCACGCUGCAGGAGUUCAGCAGCCGACUGACGAGCACGAAGCAGGAGCUCCUGCAGACACUGGAGAGGCUCUCACGCCGUCGCGCCGUCCUCCUGAACGCGGUGAAGCAGCACAGCUACCAGGACCUCCAGCAGCUGCAGCUUCACCUGGAACACGCCAACAAAACGUCCGCCGGCUGCAAGGAGCCGCUGCACCUCCUCCUGGCCCACUGGCAGCGGCUGCAGGAAGACUCGGCCCGGGCCGAAGGCGUCCUGAGCAAACUGGGCCGCUUCGGCGCUCUCGUGGACCGGAUGACUCUGCAGAGUCUGGUCACGGCCGCCCAGCGAGGUGCCGCGUCUUUCCUCAGCGACGUGGUGCAGAGGCGGAGUCCCGGUCUGCGCUGCCUCUUCAACACGGAGCUGUGUUUCAGUGCCAGCGGUCCUCUGGUUCUGGACCCGCCGAUGACCCGCUUCCAGGAGGCGGUGAGCGCAGCUCUGCUGGCGUCCGGCGGCGCAUUCAUUCAGAUGUGUGUGACGUGUGGAUUCUUCCUGGAGCUCAGCGACAGUUUCUUCAACUCCGAUUCAUCUCAGGAUUCCACCUGCGAGCUCGUUCUUCCAGAUGAGGACGUGAACCACCACGGAGCGACCGGCCGCAGAAUGUCCUGCUGCUCAUGGCCCCUCAGAGACCCGUCGGCGCCGCCCGGGCUCUCGGUGCACGGCGACCGGGUGCACGGCUGCUACCGUCCGCUCCUGGAGGCCCAGCUGCAGUGGCACUUGAGCUGCAGUGGCGUCGCAGAACGAGCGGAGAGGGAGCAGGACCGGAUCAUGCAGGAAGCCGAGCUGCAGGUCCAGCAGCGGUGUGAGAGCUACUCGUGGCUGCUGGACGUCCAGGCCUGGGUCCGCCGGUGGAGUGGAUCCUCUUUGGAGUCCAUGGAGGGUCAGCCUGCUUCAGCGUACCAGGAGCUCGUGAAGACGGUGCGCCACUGGACCCAAAGAGUCCACGCGGUUCCCUCGUCUUUCUCUACCUCCAACCAGCUGUUCGUCAUCCAGUGCUCCCGCCUGAAGGAACUUCUCGGGCUCCAGCUGAAGCGCGUUGAGGAGGAGGUUCUGCAGCAGCUGCUCGAGCAGAUCCAGCUGCUCUCUGAAGGCCUCGUGUCCUUCAUGGAGGAGGCUGCUGCUGAACUCAACACGGACCCCCGAGACCUCCACGAGCUCUCGGCGUACGCUCUCGUGACGAGGGAGUCCGUGGACUCGUUGUCCGACACGCAGACGCGUUUGGACUACAUCCACUCCCUCCAGGACACGCUGUGCAUGAGCUUCAGGAAGAGGACUGGGCAGGAAGUGACUUUGGAGGAAAAGAUGCUGGCCUCGUGGAACCGCUUCGUUCCCCUCUUGAAGCGAGCAGAAGGCCUCGUGCAACGCCGGCUUCCCUCCAUGGCCAACGCCUUGGACACCAUGUCCUCCUUCUUGGCCUGUGAGCUGAGGAGAAGGGUCUCUGAGGCGACGUCUGGACCCUUCCUCGACCCGACCCAGAACGCAGAGGCCAUGGUGUCCCAGCUGAACCACGUGCAUGUGCACGUGCACGGCCUCAUUGCAAAGCUGCAGCGACUCAGCAGGAAGAGUCAGAAGCUGCACGAACAUCCCAUAGAUUUGACCUUUCUGACAACGGAUGUGCAGAAGCUCAAAGCCCGCUUUGAGUUAUGGGAGCUGAAGGCGGAGUCCGCGGCCUGGAUGGACCAAUGGAAACAGCUGCUACUCAGCGAGGUCGUGGUGUCACAGGCUCAAGGGAACAUUUCCAAGUGGAAGGAGCGAGCUCUGUCUCUCACAAGUGUAAUCCCUACCCAUGAUGCAGUGCUGCAGGAUACUUCAGGGAUGCUGGAAAGCUUAAGUUGUCAAGUUGCUUUCUUAUCCGAGCUGCAGAGCGCCUCACUCAAUCACAGACACUGGAGAGACAUUUUCCAAGACUUGGGCCAGCUGUACGUCCCAGAGAAGAAGGUGACUGUUUCUCAACUGAUGUCUCAACAACUUGACCAGAAACUAAUCACCAAGGUAUGCAGGGAUGCACAGGUGGAGUCCAACAUGGAGCAGACCUUCCAGAAACUUCGACGGGGAUGGAGAUCCAGACUCUUCCAGCUGGAUAGAUUCACUCUACCUGUUUGGCAGCCUGGAGAGCCACAACAUGGAACAACGGGCUCAGAUCUACAAACUGAUGCAAGAUUCAUCAUCAUCGGUCUGGAAGUCCACUUUGGAGAGAUAGACAACGAUGUGAUGGCUUUGUCCGCCAUGAUGACGUCCCCACACAGUGUGGAGUUCAGGCUGCAGAUAGAAGACUGGAGGCAAUCAAUGACGCAUCUCGGGAAGCUACUGUGUUUAUUUGAGAGACACCAGCAAGUGUGGGCCUUCCUGACCAAGAUGUUCCAUGAAACAUGCUUCAGUGUUCAGAGGGGGGAUCUGCUGGAGCAAUUCCAACCAGUUGACAAGGCGUUUAAGGAACUGAUGCUCAUCAUAUCAAGGGACCCCCAUGUGUUGAACUUUGUUCAUUCCGAGAAGACGAAUGACCGAUUCCACGGUGACGGUCUGCAUCAGGUCCUCAGCGAUGGUCUGUCUACAAUGGAGGCCAUUUCCAACCAGAUGGUGGAUCUCCUGGAGGCCCUCUGUAGACAGUUUCCAAGACUCUGGUUCUUGAGUGACAGGGAAGUGAUCCAACUCCUCUCGUAUCACCCAACGCUUUCCACACUGCAACGCUUUGUGUGCAGAUGCUUCAAAGGGAUACGUUGGCUCCACGUGGAUCGUGAAACGCCGUCUGACGUCAGCGCUGUCGGGGCGACUUCUCCGAGCCCCAGACGGAUGAUGGUGCUGGGGGUUUCUGGGAGCCUCCGGGAGCACAUUACCUUCACGAGUCCUUUGGAACCAAAUCUCAAUGCCUUGGUUUGGCUCUGUGUGUUUGAGAAACAGUUCAAGUUGAGCAUGGUGCAACACAUGAAACAAUGCGCUAUUGUUCGACACCAGCUUGAACCAUCCAGUCAGGACUUGGCAUGCGAUACGGAGCUCGGAGACAUCCGGUUGCACCUUGCUGAAAGGAGGAAGAUGGUACUACCUAUGCUGGACCUGCUGUCUGCAUAUCCUCUUCAGUGUCUGCUGGUGGCCGAGGAGACACUUUGGUCCAAGGUGGUCCUCCAAGCUCUCAGAGAAUCUAACCCAGUGAAGUUGCGCAACAUAAAGACAUACAACUCUGCAAAACUGAAGGCCCUUGGCCGUUCCAUAAGGGAGGGAGUCACAGGGGCUAAGUGUGAGUCUCUGGUCUCUAAGUACACAAUGGCGUGUUUUUGUGCUUUAGUGCAACUAACUAUGAAGCAUGCGCAGCAGCUGUCUCGACUCAUGGAGGUACAAUGUGAGCUGGAGUCGUCUUUUGAGUGGUUAAGUCUGAUGAAGUACCAUAUAGACGAUUGGAGUCUGGAGGGCAGUGAUGAUCCAACGUGUUACGUGGAUGUUUUGGGCCAUCGACUCCAAUAUGAGUAUGAGUAUUUCGGUCCAGAAGAUUGGCUGAUGGUGCACACGCCGUCCACCGAUCGGGCGAUACUGGGGAUUCUCCUGGCUCUGACGAGCUACAGAGGUGGCUUUGUGAGAGGACCCUGCAUGUCUGGAAAGAAGAUGACUGUGGUCCACUUAGGGAAAGCGUUAGGCCGUCAGGUUGUGGAUGUGCAAUGUUGCCCAAGCACAACAGCUGGUGUUGUUCAGCGGAUGCUGUUGGGCGCCCUCCAGACCGGAGCAUGGCUUCUGCUGGACUCUGCAGACUUACUCAAACAAGGGGUCCUGUCGUUACUGGGGCAGCAUCUAGUCGACAUCCACCGGUCCUUCACCAAUCAGAGGGUGAAUACGGAGCCAAAGAGCAGGCCUGCCGAUGGGGUCACAGGCUGCAUUGAUCCAGAAGGUCACAUGGUACUCGCCGGUAGAAGCGUUUCUACCAAGCUGAGCUACGGAUGUGUUCUCAUCUCAUCGAAGGGGAACGCGUCUGAGCUUCCAGAGAGUCUGCGAUGUGCCACCAGACCCGUUGCGUUAACCCACCCAGAUUACAGGAUCCUUGCAGAAGUCAUGCUGAGUUCCAUUGGUUUCUCAGAGGCCCCGUCUCUAAGUCGACGUCUGGUGGCCCUCGUGGACCUGGCCAAGGAAUCCCUCUGCCUGCCUGAUUUCCUCUCCGACCCCCACAGCUGCUACCUCGUGGUGUUGCAAAAGAUCGUCUCAGCCUCUGAAAUACACUUACGACAAAGUUUAAGAGAACGAGAAACUUCCCUCCGGGCCAAAAGAGCGGUCGCAGAACCAGCUGACCUGGCGCCUUCACAAUGUGUGAGUGCCAGAGUCGUGGAAAAGGAUGGAAAAGAAACCGAGGAGCCUUCCAGGUGUCGCCGCUCUCACGUGUUGAUUGUACAGGAGUUGAUGGAGGAGACGGCUGUCGUCAAAGCCGUUCUUUCUGUCUUCUUACCUGUUUUGUAUGAGCACAAGAAGGCCUCCCAGUUCCACCUCGUUCUCAGGGGCACAUUCCCUCUAGCGUGCCAGUUUCCUCUUUUCAAGCAGUUCAUCGAGGAAGAAGAAAAGAUUCAACUGACUGAUGCCGUUAAAGAGGAAUUACAAAGGAAACAGUUUCACUGUGACGCCCAACUCAUUAGCAGUGCUGUUGCACUCUAUCAGACCAUGAAGUCCUCUGGGGCAGUUGUGCUUCUAGGCCCCUCCGGUAGUGGAAAGACAACCUGUUACUGUGUUCUAGCCGGAGCCCUCAAUCAUCUGGCUGCCGAGGCCGUGGACCGCCUGUUUGAAAAGGACAAUAUCACUGGAGGAGAUGCCCGACAGGCAGAUCCACAGACGCCUGCUUCCACUUGGAGCUCCGUCCAAACUAUGGUCCUCUUUCCUAACGCCAUGUCCCACGAAGAGGUGUUUGGCUGCUUCUGUGAACAGAGAGGGUGGCAGGACGGAGCUGUUGCGAAGCUGCUGAGAGAUUCAGCAUGGCGUGAAGCCACGGGUUCUACAACCUGCAACCAAAAGAAGAAGAGUGACCACACAGCUGUGCAAUGGCUGGUAAUGGAUGGGAAUCCUGUGGGGCGCCCCGGCUGGUUGGAUUACUUGACUACAAUGUGCAGUCCCGAGGACCCCUUUCUGUGCCUGCCAUCGGGUGAAACACUGCCAUCGCCCCUGAAGCUCCUUCUGGAGGUCACUGACCUCCGUGACGCCUGUCCCUCUGCAGUGACCCGGUGCAGCCUGGUCUACCUCACAGCUACGGAUCUGUGGAAGGCCGUGUGGAAGAGUGAAAUGAAUGCUCUCUUGUUUGCAGACAAACUGGAUCAAGGAACCUUGAAGAUGUGGAAUCGUCUGGCCACAGAUCUUUUCUCCAGCACGCUUGGCUUGUUGCGGCAGCAGGCUUUGAACUCUGCAGUCCACGCUGAGGGAGAAUCUCUUGAAAGCGUCUCGUACGGACUGCAAGAAAUCACAUCAUUUGUUCGCAUCCUGCGGGCUCUCCUGCUGCAUUUUGGGAAGGAAGUGGAAAAAGAUGAGCUGAUACCACAAAUGGACCAAAGAGAUACACUUCUACACACAACCAGAACAUCAGACACAGAUCCUCAUGAGCAGGAACUGAUUACCAGGAACCUUUUCCUGGUGGCUUAUAUUUGGGGAUUUAGUGGACAUCUGCAUCCUCGGCACCAGCCACAGUUCGACUCACUGGCCCGCCAAGCGCUGUUCACUUGCCGGUACAACAUCGUGGUUCCUGAUGAAGAGAGUGUGUUUGAACAUUUUUUAAACACCGGCAGCAAGAUCUGCCCCAAGAACACCAUGCUGACCAAUUCCAUCACUCCCAAGUACUGGAGAUACACAUAUCUCCUGAAGCUCAUGCUGGAGGCCAACCAGCCUGCUCUGCUCGUAGGAGAGACGGCUUCUGGAAAAACCACUCUAUGCAAAGCUCUGCUGAGUUUUGACAAGCCCCACGUUAACCUGGCAGCCAGUCCUCUGCUGAGCUCCAGAGACCUGCGCACGGUUCUGAGUCACAUCAGCUGCAGGGGGAACCGGGAGGUCCCUCUGGGCUCCGGGACAAGACCGCCGGGACUGCUUCUUUGCGUGGAUGAUUUGCAUGAAGCCCCCUGUGAUGUCUUUGGGAAGACGUCGGCGGCUCUGGAGACGCUCCGACAGAGCAUUUCAAUGGGACAAAUCGUAACGUUUGACGCCUCCAACUUCAAGCCGUUGAGUGCUGCAGGCGUCAGCUACAUGGCUACCUGCUCCGUCUUGGGCUUUGGCAAUCGGCACAGUGAGGCCAUGACCUCCAGGCUCUCACGCCUGUUCUCCAUCUUCGUGCUGCCCGGCCUGUCCAUGGACGUCAUACUGUCCAUCCAUUCUCCUCGGCUGAAGCUCUGGCUCCAGGACACGACGCUGAAGCAGAGCGGCGAGGAACUGGCGUGCUGCAUCAUCACCGCUACUGAACACCUCUAUCGAGCAAUCUGUGACCACUUCCAGCCGACUGGGAAGAGGCCCCAUUUCAUCUUCUCCCAUCACGACCUGCAGAAGGUGUUCAGGGGGAUGUGCUUGUGGCAGCCCGACCUCUCACACUCAGGGUGUUCCCUCCUUCCUGUAGCACAUCUCUGGAUGCACGAGUGUGCACGUACAUUCAGUGACAGGUUAUGCUCAGAGGACGAAAGAAGAACUCUUGUGUCCCUCGUAGCCGAGACGACAGCAGCUCACUUUGGGGGAACUCGGGCAGGAGGUCAGAGUCUGGAGCCACUAAACCGGCCUCAGUCAGACCUGGAGGAAGGCCUCACAUCUACUGAACCUUCACUCCUGUCUGGAAACACUUGCUCAGAGGCAAGCCUUCAAACCAACCCUCUGCAACCACAGAUCCUCCAGCAUAUGGAGGAGCUCGUCUACGGUCCCCAGCUCUCCGAGGCCCCAAUGACUCAGCGUCACAGUUUUAAUCGUGGCGCUUCUUAUCAGGUCAGAGACCUGGAUGCUCUGCUGCAGGAUCUGUGUGCACUGGUCCACAGAAAAGAGGAAGACGCAGGACAGGAAGUCGCUUAUGACUCCAACAUGACAGGCGGAUGCGUCGUCCACAGACAAAGAGCCCGCCAGCUGUUGCGUAUCCUCAGGGCGCUGCUCAUACCCAAAGGUCACGGCGUGCUGAUUGGUUCCGACAGAGGCACGGGCCGUAAAACCACAGUGCGGUUAGCUGCCUAUCUAGCGGGCUGCCGGUUGAUGGAGGUGCAUUCUGGGAACGAGAACCAGCUGCGCCACAUCCUAAAAGAAGCCGGGAAUCAAACCAGAGAGGAUGGAGCUCAUGUCAUCCUACUGGUCCACGAAGGACUCAGCCAGUCCGCCAGAGAAGAGCUGUUGGUGGCGAUGGCUCACCCAACGUACCCGGGACUCUACACGGACCAGGAGCUGGGAGAUCGGGUCUCCAGAGUGACUGCUGGGAAGAGGUCCAGAAGAUACCUGAUGGACAGUUUCAUGUUUGAGAACUACUUGAGCCAAAUUCACAGAAAUGUGCACGUGUUCCUGUUGCUUCCCUUCGCCCCGACACACAGCGGACGCCAUGGAGUUAACGCUCAACUGACCAAGGCCCUGAUCUUCAGUAGCUGUGUGGAGGUGUACCAGCCUUGGUCCAACCAGUCUUUAGUGGAAGUUGCUGCUCGAUUCCUGAAAACCAGUUCCCACCUCCAACAGGAGGCAGGAGGCUCAGUGGCCGGCCUGUCGGUGGCCAUGGCUUCAAUCCAUCAAUCUGCAUGUCGGCACGCUGCCGUCCUCCUCGGAGCUCGGCCCUUCGGCCCUCAGACGUAUAUGGAGUUCAUGGCCAACUUUGAUUACAUGUGCAGCCAUCUGCACAGUCAGCAGCAGAGCAGAGCCACCAGAGUGGCCAGUGCUCUGUCUCAGUGGGCCUCCCUGAGCAGCUCCGCCGUGCAGCGCAGACACAACUUCAUACGACUGCAGGAGAAGUUUGCUGAGACUCAGCAGCGCCAGAAGGAUCUCCUCACAGCCGCAGGCGGUCGCAGGCGGCAGCUCGAGGAGGCCAUGCGGCAAUGUGUCGUGGAGGAGCAGGAGCUGCGUCUCCUGGAGGAGCAGAAUACUCCUUCUCACAUCCAGGUGGGGCCUGUGUUCCGGUCGGGCCUCAGGAUCCUCAGUUGUCUGAGUCCGUCUGACCUGGAGGAGGUGCGUCACUACAGAGACCCGCCUGACGGCGUGGUGAAGGUCAUGGACGCCGUCUGUCUGCUGUUCCAUCGGCCACCCGGCUGGGAGAGCGCCCGGCAGCUUCUGGGGCAAUCCAACUUCUUCCAGGAGCUGGAGUUCUUUGACCGCCACGGCGUCUCCGAUGAGCAGCUGCAGCAGCUCCACCAGAUGCUCCUCAGUCCUCAGUUUGCUGCGCCGUGCGUGCUGGAGGCCAGCAGAGCCUGCGCGUCGCUGUGCCGGUGGGUCCGGGCCGUGUACGAGUGCUGCCGCAUGCAGCACCCGCUGCAGGCGGAGCAGCAGCCCGGCGUGCUGCUCCAAGAGGCCAGAGGUCGGCUGCACCGCGCCGAGCAGCACCGGGAGGAAGCGCGCCGCCGGCAGCAGGAAGCCCAGCUUCAGCUGCAGCUGCUACCGAGAGAACUGGAGGAGCAAGAGCUGGAGCUGCACGAGGCCGAGAGCUCAGACAGAGAAGCUGCUUCGGCUGCAGGGAAGCUGGAGGCACACGUCAGCGCCUGGAGGGCUGCGGCUGAGGAGGCGGAGCUAAAUAGUCAAACCUUACGAGGAGACGGCGUCACCCUGGCUGCCAUCAUCUCGUAUCUGGGCCCCUUCGGACCUGAUACACGGACUCAACUGCUGAGCAAGUGGAGGGAGCUCCUUAAGACCGGAAGCAUGGACCCCGACCCCGAGGACCCCAGAAGCUCCCUGUUUGCACACUGUGAAGCCACGCCUCCUCGGUGCCCUCUGGGCUUUCCCAUCCCCGUGUCCGAGUUGCUGCAGCGGCCCCUGGGUCGGGCUUUGGGGGUCCACUGGGACGCCCCGCCUGCCAGACUGGUUGUCAAGCUGCUGCUGUGGAGCUGCAGCGGCGCCUGUGUUCAGCGCUGCCCCCUGCUGGCAGACACGCAGCAGCACCUCGACAUGAGCUCCCUGAGCGGCCUCCUCACAGGAGAGAAGGCGGAGCUUGAGAAGGCGGAGCUUGAGAAGGCGGGGCUUGAGACAGAGACGGCGUGCCAGCUGGUGGUUUGUGCUGAUGACCCAGAGCUGCUGGACCAGCUGGACCGGGCUGCAGAGAGAGGACUCAGAGUCCUGGUGACUCACCUGGAACGCGUGAGUCCGAGUCCUCGCUUUGUGGCCCGCCUGCAGUCCAAACCGGCCCACCCUGAGUUCUGCCUCUUGCUCAGCACCCGUCUGCCUGUCCAACUGGUCUACAGUGACGUGCCCCCGUCCAUCGUGGCCCAGGUGGGCGUGGUUGACCUCUCUCUGGGCCCAGAGGACCUCCAGGAGCUGCUGCUGACUCGGCUGCUGCAGACGGAGUGCAGGGAGCUGCUGGUUCAGCACCUGCAGCUCCAGCAGGACCGGCAGCUGCUGCAGGAGAGGCUGGCCUCGGCGGAGGAUGCUCUGCUGGACGCCGUCCUGCAGUCCGGCUCCUUCCUGCCGCAGGAUGCCGCUCUGGCGGUCUGCCGGGCCACCGACAGGAAGCAGCAGGCGGCGCUACGGCGGCACGAGUCCCUGCUGGCAGCGCCGCGGCAGGUCGUGAGGCUGGCGGCGUCGUUCUACCGCGCUCUGCAGGACGUGUCCCGCCUCUCUCCCGCCUACUACUUCCCCCUACGCGGCUUCAUCGCGGCGCUACGAGGGGCCCUCGUCGUGGGCGCGGCCCGGGGGGUCGAGGCCGAGGUCACAAACCGACUGGUGGCCCGGCUGCUGGCUCAGUACGGGCCGUGCCUCACCAAGAGCCACUCCGCGGUUCUGGAGCUGCUGCUGUCGGCCGCUUUGCUCCGACACCGCGGGCUCUGCUCCGAGGCCGAGAGGGCGGCGCUCCUCAGGGGCCUCGGAGACGUGAGGCGCCCCCCCGCGCCCCCCCUCGCUGGCGCUCUGCCCAGCUGGAUCCCCCAGCCGGUCCACCCGGAGCUCCUGGUCCUGGAGGAGAUCCCGGUCUUCAGAGGGCUGACGGCGUCCCUCUCCAGCGGCCCGGCCCAGUGGCGCGAGUACCUGCGCCUCCCUUCCUGCGGCGUGGUCGGGCCCGUGCCCUGCCGCUCCCACGCCCACCUGACGCUGCUGCAGCGGGCACUCCUCUGGAGGACGCUGCUGCCCGGCUGCCUGGGAGGGCUGGCGGAGGCCAUGGCCGCCUACCACCUUCGGCUGCCCGGGGCCGAGGCCCCCCAGGCCGGGAACCCAGAGGCCCUGUGGCGCUACGUGGUCCAACACGAUGGGCCCAUCAUCUUCACGAUGCUGCGUCACAGAGGAGGCGGGAUGAGCAUUCAGCCGCUUCACCUCAUCAACACGCUGGCUCGCUGCGCAGCGGAAACCACCACGGUGGAGGUGGUUUCUGUUGAUGCUCCCUGUGACCCGGAGGUGGUUCUGAUGAAGCUGAACAGAGCCGUUCUGGAGGGGCGCUGGCUGGUUCUUCACCUGUCGGAGCGACCGGACGGAGAAGCAGCGGCUCACCUGAGCCAGCUGGUCUCCUGCUUCAGAGAGCAGCACCGGCCGGCCCACCCGGGCUUCAGGCUGUGCUUCAUCGCUGGAGAAGAUGCGUUUCGCUCCAUACCAGUGGCGCUGCGACUGUGUGCCCUGCGUCUGGUCUGUGAGGCUCCCCUGGGUCUGAAGGAGGAGCUGGGCCGUUCUUUGAGGCAGCUGCUGUCGGUCAUCCAGCAUCGGUCUCUGUCAGCGGACGCCGUGGCGCCGCUCGUCCACUGCGCCGUGUUCCACUCUGUGUUACUGCAGAGGCAGAGCUGCGAGCAUCCAGCUGAGGGGAGGAGCUACUGCUGGACUCAGGAAGACCUCCUGGCUCUGGUGGAUGCACACGCUCACGUUUCUAGCACUGAGGCUCUGCGGCACAUCGCAGUCCACCUGGUGCACGGCGGCCAUGUUCUGGACUCUGCAGGUCUGGAGCUUGUGGACAGCGUGGCCAAGACCUUCCUGAGCAGAGCGUCUCUCUGGGGAGGUGGACCUCACAUCUCCUCUGACAUCACCAGUCCUGAUCCGUCAGACCUGCUGCAGAUGUUGGAGCAGGGUCUUCAGGGUCUUCAGGGUCUUCAGGGUCUCCAGGGUCUUCAGGAUCUCGGUGUUCUGGGCUUCGGAGCAGAUGCGGCCGCCGAGAUGGAGAUCAGAAGCUGUGAUCUGAAGGUCCUCCUUCGGGCCUCCCAGACCCCUCUGGAGUGUUCCGUCAGUGAAUGACGUAGUUUAGUGAAAGUGGACUUGGAUUCUGUCUUUUCCUAACUCCUUAUGAACUCUCCUUCACACCUUUCCUUGACCUCGUGACGUUUACCCUAGAGGUCAAGGAGAAGUGGUGAGGAAAGGACGUUAGGAAGUAACGUGGUGACUUUUUGUUUGAGUGAUAUUAAAGUUCAUCAGUCUGGAGUCUUUCUGUGUUUUUAUUGAGCAAGUUCAUAAUACUGCAAAUAUAUAAAUACUCAUCUCUCAAAUAUAUAAAUACUCAUCUCUCAAAUAUAUAAAUACUCAUCUCUCAAAUAUAUAAAUACUCAUCUCUCAAAUAUAUAAAUACUCAUCUCUUCAUCGCGUGACAUUUCAUCAGGUUCAAAUCUCCAGUUUAAUGUUAUUGUUUAUGCACAUGAUGAACACAUUGCAUGGUGGUUAUGAUGUUCAGUUGACAAGCUCCUCCCCCUCCAGGAAACAUGGACCGGCACCACUAUGAGACCUUCGAGAAGUUCGGAAACAACACGUUCCUCCUGCACCUCGACAACGGGAGGGCGUGAGUGUGUGUGUGUGUGUGUGUGUGUG